AUGCCUCAAUGUCCAUCGUGCGGAAAAAUUCUGAAGGACCACACAUCUGUCACUCGCCAUAUGAGCCAGCCCCGGUCUGGCUGCAACACGUGGCUAGAAGAUAUCAUCAAGCUUAAUUCCCUCAUUCCACGCAACACGUGGCUAGAAGAUAUCAUCAAGCUUAAUUCCCUCAUUCCACCCUUGGACCCAGUGAAUAUCGAGCACGACAUUUCUCAUGAACCAGAACUCGGAGGCAAGGCCUUGGUAGUUGACUUUGGUGAUGAUGGCGGUGAAUUCGGUGAUGAAGAGAAUAUCAUGGGAGGUGGAAUUAUGGAUGAGGGCGGUGAAGUAACCGAAUACUAUCCUGACCCUCCACUUGCCUAUCAGGAUGGCUACACCUUUUUGAACCUAUUUGACGCUGACGAAAAUAGUGUGUAUCGCAAGAACAACCUUUACUAUCCAUUUAGUGGUCGAAGAGAUUGGCAAGUUGCGGCAUGGCUGCUUCGUUCGGGCCUGAGCAUGGGCAAGAUCGAUUCCUUCCUAUCGCUUGAAAUGAUCAAAGAAUUACCUUUGUCAUUCUCCUCAGCUAAAGAACUACGGGGUCGAGCUGAAAUGCUCCCCAGUGGUCCGCGUUGGAUGUCCAAAGUAAUACCCACAUCGCAUGCAACAAAGUCACCGGUAGUUUUAUAUUGGCGCGACCCUCUAGAAUGCAUCGCCAGCAUCUUCAACAACCCCAUAUUUCACAAUCGUAUUGAUUCCAGGCCUCGCAAGGUGUACACUACUGCAGAGAAGCGGUGUCGUGUAUAUACUGAAUGGAUGACGGGAAAUGAUGCUUGGGAUAUGCAGGCCGCUAUACCUAGUGGUGCGACCCUCCUCGGUACCAUCCUAUCCUCCGACAAGACGAACAUCACUGCCUUAACAGGCGAUCGCAUUGCUCACCCACUUCUUAUAAGCCUUGCAAACAUACAUAUGAAUAUACGUCUAAAAUCGUCUUCGAGUGCUUUCGUUCUCACCGCUCUACUACCGGUCCCGAAGUUCGUGCAUAAGAAGAAACGAAUGAAGGGUGUAUUGGAGGAUCGCCUCAUACAUGAAUGUUUGGACAUCGUUCUUGAACCUCUGAAACAGGCAGCUCGACAUGGCGUCAUGCUAUCGGAUCCCAUUGGCAACAGUCGUUAUUGCUUCACCCCGCUUGCCAGUUAUAUUGCUGACACCCCUGAAGCCAUGAUGUUAGCAACGGUCGGUGGCAAAACAUCGCCAGUGACCAUGGCAAUGUAUAAGCAGUUCGGGGAUGCCUUCCAGCAUGAACCUCGGACGAAAUCCACGACUCUUGCGCAGCUUACAGUUGUGCGUUCACGCGCUGAUCCCCUCGAUAUCGAGGCCUUCUUCCGCGAGGCACAGAAGUUCCGCCUGAAUGGGGUUGCUGAGCCGUUCUUUCGAGACUGGAUACUCGCGGAACCAUCUCAUUUCUUUACACCGGAAGACCUUCACCACAUUCAUAAAGAAUUCUGGGACCAUGACGCGCAAUGGCUCAUUUGUGCAGUCGGAGAGUCCGAGAUUGAUUUCCGGUUUUCUGUUUUGCAGCCGAUCACUGGUUAUCAGCACUUCCACGGAGGCAUUUCGAAACUGAAACAGGUUACCGGUCGUUGUCAUCGUGAUGUUCAACGAUACAUCAUUGCAGUAUGUGCGGACGCAGCUCCUGGUGUUCUCACUGCCGUACGCGCACUCAUGCAGUUCCGUUAUCGUGUGCAGUCACCACGCAUCGACGACGAUGAUAUCAGGCGCAUAUCAGGCGCAUUGGACGAGUUUCAUUCAAACAAGGAUUCAAUUAUCGCUGCGGGAGUUCGCCGAGGGAAGGGUAAUAGACCUAUUGCCAAUUGGCAUAUACCCAAGUUGGAGUUAAUGCAGAACAUUGUUCCAAGCAUUCGCAACUCUGGGGUCAUCAGACAGUGGUCUGCGGAUGUCACAGAACAUGCGCAUGUGACUGAAAUCAAAGACCCUGCAAGGGCAAGCAACAAUCACAACUACGAUCCUCAGAUAUGUCGACACUUGGACCGUGCCGAAAAGUGUCAGCGCUUUGAGCUCGCCACUAGCCUUUUGGAUGCAAAACAGACUACUGAGCAGCUGGAGAACAUCAACAUCGAUGCUGACGCUGACGAUGCCGAUGCUGAUGCUGACACUCCAAUCGAACUUUCCGCGGUGCAGGAACUCCCACGUCAUCCUGUCAUCAGCUAUUUUGCCAUUGCUAGGGCAUUGCAGUACAGACCCCUGGGUUCUGUACCUCUUCCAUUACGUUCAUUUGUCGUCGGCCGCACUGCAUUUCAUAUUGCAUACGAUGCGUCCAUUAGGAAGAUCUCUAUCGACGACGUCGCCAUCAAAUUUUCCCUUCCAGAUCUGCGACCAGCUAUCGCUGAUUUCAUUCAGCGUGAGGCGACUUGUGGAGACCAACACAUCCAUGCAAUAGGCGGUCCAAGAAGAGGGGCACAUACGGCUAUCCUUCCUUUUGACAGGGUUCAAGUCUGGUUCAAAGUUCGCUUACAAGAAACAGAAUUUCACGAUGCUCACACUAUCAGACCAGCUCAAACACUAAAUUGUGCCCCACCCUGCCACCCCUGGAAUUUAGGUCGUUAUGACACAGCUAUCGUUCAAACUAGUGCGGGCUUUUCAUGGCCUAGUAGUGGACUUUCAGGUCACACUGUCGCCCAGAUCAGACUGAUCAUGCGGCCUAUUGGUAAGAGCGGCACAUCAUGGUCAUGGAAAGACCAAUUUCUCAGCUACGUGCAAUGCUUCGAUAUCUCGCAUGAUCGUGAUGCAACUACGCAACUUCAUGUACUCAAACGCUCAAAACACUCAAAUGGUGUUCGGAUGGGGGACGUGAUUCCGCUCUCUCAACUAAGGGCGCCUAUAAAUCUUGUUCCUCGCUUUGGAGCCACUGCAGAUAAACGCCUCACUGUUUAUAAUAGCAUGGAGCAUGCCGCGGAGUUUUGGUUGAAUGAGUAUUGGGAAAAACACACAUUCUUUGCCCUAUCAGCAUAG